AUGUCCACACAAUACGCCAGCGAGCCCAAUCCUACCGCGUCGGCAACGCUCAACACGACAAUUGGCCCUAUUCAAAUCGCGCUCUUCGCAAACCAAGCCCCCCUCACCUGCAAGAACUUCCUACAGCACUGCAAAGACAAUUACUAUGCCGACACAAUCUUCCACCGAGUAGCCCCAGACUUUGUGAUCCAGGGCGGUGAUCCCACCGGCACUGGAUCUGGCGGCACGUCGAUUUAUGAGUACCCGGAAUUCGAAUACGACCCUGAAGCUCGGGAUCCCAAUGAGCGUGUGGUUCUCCACGAUGAGCUGCACAGUCGGUUACGUUUCAAUCGACGUGGCUUACUGGGAAUGGCGAAGAGUGAGGAUGGAACCUACGGCAGUCAAUUUUUCAUCACUCUGGCGAACACAGAGCGCGAAUUGAAUGGGCAAUGCACAAUUUUUGGACGCUUGGAGGGUGACAGCAUAUACAACGUCUUGAAGAUUGCAGACGCGGAGCGCAUCGAGGGCACCGAGCGGCCUGUGUAUCCGGUCAAGGUGACCUCGUGCGAGGUGGGAGAAUUGGGACCAUUAGAGGGCAAGCUGAAAGACAGGAAGAUAGUUUCCACAUCAGCGAAGUCUGAGAGUGGUCCGCCAAAGAAAAAGAAGAAGGCGUCUAAGGGUGGGAAAACACUACUGAGCUUCGGAGACGAUGAGGGAGACGAGGGGAUGCCUAUGCGCCCAGCGAAGCCUAAAUUCAACACGAAAUUGGUCUCGGAUGUGCCAGGUGGAAUACCAGAAUCUAAGCCCAAGGCUCGAGCCGAGCCUCCAUCACAACGGAAGCGGCCACGCUCACCAUCUCCAACCCGGUCACCGGCCUCAGAGCGCAAGAAGCGUCCCCAGACCCCGGAUCCAGAGACCCAACUUCCCGUCCGAGACCCGGAGUCGCCCUCUCGAUCUCCCACCCCCGAAGCCCCCGCCAAAGAGUCUAAAUUGUCGCGGACGAAUGCUCAGAUCGCCGAUCUCAUGGCAUCUAUGCGUCGCGACGUCGACGUCGGUCCCAAAGACACCGGCCGAAAGAAAACCGCACUUGAAGCCAUGAUCCCCGAAACCUCAAUCCGAGGACGGAAGCGGCCUCCUCCAGGAUCCGCCAAUGGGUCCAGCCGCAAUGGAACAGGGCCCAGCAAUGCAGCAGAGCGAGAAGCACUCCAGCUCUUCAAUGCCUUCAAGGCUAAGCUCGAAGGCGCCAAGCCCGAGCCCACGACAUCAAACACACAAAAGACCGACAAGUCCCAAAACCAAGACGAGGACGAAGAUGAAGAGGCGCAGCUUUGUGAUCUUCAUUUCAUCGCAAAUUGCCAAUCCUGUCAAUCAUGGGAUGACCCUGCGGAAGAUGCAGAUGAUAAGCAAGAAGAUGGGACUUGGCUCUCUCAUGAACUCCACUUUGGAAAAGACACGCUGGGCAAGGACUUGGAGUGGAAGCGGCAGCAUGGCGCCGAAGCAGACUCGCUGAUGGUUAUUGAUCCGCGCGAGAAGGAGAAGGAGGUUGUCGGGAAAAAGAAGGGAUUACAGCGUGACAGGGAGCGUGAGCGAAAACGUGAACGUGUUGGUAAUUUGGAGUGGGACAAGGGCCGCUGA